AAGCCAAGCGACAGCGAGUGACUCUCUCUCUCUCUGCACUGAGGUCUGAGGGCGAGAUAUCCCUUUCUCCCUCCACCUUUCUCUGCAUAUCUCAGCCGUUCGCUGCUCGCCUUCAGAUUCAGAUCUUCGUCAGUUUCUAUCUCCUUCUCUCCUCUUGAAACUUACCCUUCAAUGCUUGCAACCGUCAUUGAAAUCAGUUAAAGCCGAUGCCGUAAUCAGAGAGAUCGCAUCGUCAGAUCGUGAUUUCUAGGGUUUUUUUUUUUUUCUCUCGAAUUGGGAAAUCCGAUCUCCAAAUCUCCAUCCUGUUCUGGAUCUCUAUCAUUUUCUUUCCGAUCGAUCGAACUCGAUCCGUUUCCUGUUCCCACGGAUUUCUGCUUUCCUGUAUACAAUUCUCUGCUGGAAUGGAGGAAUUCGGUUUUCUAAGCUAGACGCCAGUGAGAGAAUCAUGAACUUGGGGACUCUUGUUCGAAAAAUAAGAUAAAAGAGGUAGAAAUUCGGAGAAUUGGGGAGUUUCCGGAUCGGACCUUUACGGGAAUUCGAGCAUUUUGAGGAUCUGGGUUAGUGGAAAGAGAUUAUAGAAAGUCAUGUUCUAUGGGGCGGUGGUAUGGGAUCCUUGGCUCAUUGUCGGCCAGAUUGUUUGCCUUCAAUGUCUAUACUAUCUUACUCUCGGCGUGUUUUUGUCAAUCCUUGUUGGGUUCCGCGUGUCUCGGAUGAGCCUCAUAUAUUUCUUCGAUUACUCAACCCUCACUGCUUCUACCAUCACCGGCUGGUGUGCCAUUGCUUCAUUUAUUCUCAGCGCUCUUGCAGGGGCUAGCUAUAUGCUUCAUUUGGUUGAGAGGGCUAAGAAGUGCUUAGAUUUUUCGGCCACCCUCUACAUAAUCCAUCUUUUUAUAUGCAUCAUAUAUGGAGGCUGGCCAUCCUCUAUCACAUGGUGGAUUGUAAAUGGUACAGGUCUUGCAGUGAUGGCUUUGCUUGGUGAAUGGUUGUGUAUAAGACGUGAAUUGCGAGAUAUUCCUACGCCACGAUUUCGUUCAAGUGUUUGACCAGAGAAACUUGAUUGUUUUUGUCAUUGCUGACCUUCGCUUCUCCUUGGGGUCAUGAGAUAGCCCAAGUCAAUCUGCUGAUUAUAAUGGUCAUUACUAAAGCUUUAAUCAGAUCUGAUUCCAUUGCCAUUGUCUGUGGAAAACUAUGACAGUUGUGGAGUCUAGAUGAUCAAGAGCAGGACCCGUCUCAAAGGGGUGUUUGAUUUAUGGUUGCAGAGGGGAAUCAUCGCACGUGUAACAUGGUAUUCUAGCUUUCCUGAGGUUUUUUGUUCUUGUUUUAGAAGGCUUAAAAGGCUGGUUGUAGCUUCCAAUUCCACAGAUUCAAUCACAACCAAUAUUUAUAUAAGAUUUGGCUGUUUCUAUUCAUGUCCAUUUAUAUGAUAAACUUGCGAAAGGCUUUUAUUUUU